GGGGUAGAGGGAGGUGAAGGAGGAGCAAACAAGGGUCGAUCUCCUCCCUGGCUGAUCUGGGACAGAAGUCAAUCCACUGUGAGUGAGUGAGUGAGUCAGUGAGUCAGUGAGUGAGUGCAGCUCAGCUCUCCUCUCCUCUCCAGGGAGACAGUGCCCCAACAGGGAACCAGAGACAGCAGCUGCAAAACCCAAAGGUCCAGGCGCAUCUCAAGCCCAUCCAUCGCCAGGAGGAGUGGAGUGGGGUCUCUGUGUGCCGAGCGGAUGAAGAUGUGGGCUUUAUUCGUGAAAGUGUUGACUGUGUCCUCACUCUCUCUGUGGGCAGCGGCGGAGCAAAGCACCAGCAGCAGCAGCAGCAGCAGCAGGGUCCGCAAACUUCGCUCCACUUCGGGUGGCUUCUGUCGCUAUGGGCUCCGAGUGGAUUGCUGCUGGGGAUGGAACCGCAGGUCCUGGGGUCAUUGUCAACCUUUCAUCCCGUUAAUGCAGAGAAUAUGCCGAGUAACGUACCCUCUCAAAGCUGUGUGUCAACAUGGAUGUAAACACGGCGAGUGCGUGGGACCAAACAAAUGCAAAUGUUACCCUGGCUACACUGGCAAGACAUGCAAUCAAGAUUUAAAUGAAUGUGGUCUGAAGCCUCGGCCGUGCAAGCACCGGUGUAUGAACACGUACGGCAGCUACAAGUGCUACUGCUUGAAUGGCUACAUGCUCAUGCCCGAUGGCUCUUGUGCAAAUACCAUGUCAUGUUUGAUGGCAAACUGUCAGUAUGGCUGUGAUGAGGUGAAGGGAGAGAUUCGCUGUCGCUGCCCAUCUACUGGGCUGAAGCUUGGACCUGACAGAAGGACGUGUGUGGAUGUUGAUGAAUGUGCCACUGGGAGAGUAAUGUGUCCACGACUCCGCAAAUGCAUCAACACCUUCGGAAGCUACUUCUGCAAAUGCCAUGAUGGCUUUGAACUGCGAUACUUUAAUGGCAAAUACCGGUGUGUAGAUAUUGAUGAGUGCUCCAGGAGAACACACAAGUGCAGUGCUUUUGCUGCCUGUCAGAACACACCAGGAUCUUACAAGUGCAAGUGCUUCAGUGGUUACAAAGGCAGUGGUUAUACCUGCACAUAUGACCCAAGGACAAAUAAAUUCCCAUAUUUACCGCCUGGCAACGGCAGAAAUGAAACCAACGGUGGCAUGAACUCCAUCCCCAAUGACAACAAUGGGAACGUUAGAACGAUAGCGCCCCCUCGCAUCACAGUCACCCCUCAACAUAUCCCGAGGACACCAGAGGUCAGACCAGCCCCGACCACAGCCAGAAUCACAACUACAGCUGGAGCCACAACCACAAUCAGCACCACGACUGCCUUCACCCCCGCCGUGCCCUCAACCACAGUGAAAUCUGUGGACAACAGGAUCCAUAAUGAAGUGCCACCGCAAAGAGGAGAUGUUUUCAUCCCACGCCAGCCCGGAGGGAACGGAGCUUUGAUUGGGCUCCUUGACAUUGAGAAAGGGAUUACUGCAGAGGAAAAUGAUGCAAGGGACGAUCAAGAUAUCUUGGUGAGCAGCUGCAAUUUCGACCACGGUAUGUGCGGAUGGACACAGGAGAAAAGAGCAGACCUGCAUUGGGAGCGGGUUCUCUCACCCUUAGGUCGUAGCUGGUACCUGGCUCUUUCUGAAUCCAACACCAAAAAGAGGGACGUGGCCCAUCUGAUUCUCCCUCUCGCACUGAGAGCAGACACAGACAACCUUUGCCUUACCUUCAGGCACAAGCUGUCUGGUGACUCUCUCGGGAAGAUACAGGUGUUUAUGAGGAGGAACAGCGUUUAUGGCCAGGCCUUGUGGCAGAGAAACCGGGGCUAUGGCUGGAGAACAAGUCGGUUCACACUGAAAGGACCAGGCAUUGAGCACGUCAUCUUUAAAGGGGUGCGAGAAACGGAACGAAGUGGGGAGAUCGCCUUGGAUGACAUCAGUCUGCAGAGAGGCCACUGCUCGGGAAAACAGCAGGGACUGUGGUAAACCCUGGCAGCCCACUUGUGGCCUGUCUGCGCCCAUCUGCCCGUGCGAAGACUCGCUACGAGGGGACACAAUGACCGUCACUCUCUCUGGCUCUUCGUUCUUCGGUGCAAUUUAUGCCAACGAUAAACCCUAAACAACGACCUCCGAGGGCACAGGAACUUCACCAACUCCGUUUUUUCUACUCAACCUUACCCCUUGCCCAAGUAUGUAUGUGAUUAGUCUAUGCCCAGUAGUGCUGAGGAAUGUGGAGAUGAAACCUCCUGCAGAAAAGCAAAGGACACCCGUCAGUUCAACACAGAUUAACCAAUGGACAGCGGACCCUGUCACAUGGAACAACAGUACGCGUGCUGGGCUCAAGCCAUUUUGAUCAGUGCUCCAUAACCAUCCUUGCAUUAAGUACAAAAGGCAAAUUACUGCAGAUGCUGGAAAUCUGAAAUAAAAACAGAAGUCGCUGGAACA